CGCGCUCAUCACGUGCUUCAGCUCAAUCCAUCCAGCAGCUUCGAGCAGAAGAAACUGUUUCACCUCUCAUGAAAGGCUCGUGAAAACCUACAAGAUUGACGUCAAAAAGAUUAAAGUAUCCGGAAACAUCGAGCCGAAGGUGAAAAAACCCGAAAACGAGUGGGAGUGCUGGAAAACACAUCGGGACCAAGUGCCUUUCCUUCUCUCCAGCGAGCCGUGGGAAGUUUGUUUCCCCUGGAAACCUGACACAUAUGAUCUGCUCCAUGCACACUCACACUGGACCACUGAAGAUACUUACAUAUCCAUAGAUUGUAUAACAUACAGAAGAGGGUGACGAACAGCUGUGGAUCGUCUAUUCCGAAGGUUUGGUUUGCAUGUAUAAAUGGAAAGAAAUAACAUCAGAUAGACGUCGCCUCAGGGAAAAAAUAUUUUUUCUGGAGGAUGGACCUGCCAAACAAGGAGAGACCGUCAACGGCGAACAGCCCGAAAUCGAGGGGUGGGAGUCAAUGUUGCUCCAGUCUCAAGAUGUUCCUCGUGGCCUUGUCUUUCGCCUAUUUCGCCAAGUCAUUAUCUGGGAGCUAUAUGAAAAGCACAAUAACUCAGCUGGAAAGACGCUUCGACAUCCCCAGUUACUUAAUAGGUGUCAUUGAUGGCAGCUUUGAAAUAGGUAACUUGUUGGUGAUCGCCUUUGUGAGUUACUUCGGUGCCAAACUUCACCGUCCGAAGAUCAUAGCCAUCGGCUGCCUGGUGAUGUCAAUAGGGACUUUUCUUAUUGCCUUGCCCCAUUUCAUUAUCGGACGAUACAAGUUUGAAACAUCGAUUAGAUCAUCGGGGAACUCCAGCAGUCAUCUGUCUCCAUGUCCAGCGAUGUCUGCCAGCGUUCUGUCCACAGGUCCCAGCACAUCUUCAAUACCCAGCCCAGGUUGUGAACAGGAGUCCAGGUUGUCUAUGUGGAUUUAUGUUUUUCUGGGGAAUAUCUUACGUGGAAUUGGUGAGACCCCCGUGCAACCUCUGGGAAUUUCCUACAUAGACGACCACGCUUUGGAGGAAAACGCAGCUUUCUACAUCGGUUGUGUCCAGACGAUAUCGGUCAUUGGUCCAGUGUUUGGGUACCUGCUGGGGUCUGUCUGUGCCAAGAUUUAUGUGGACAUUGGAUUUGUCAACAUGGAGAGCAUCAGCAUCACUCCAGGAGAUGCACGCUGGGUGGGCGCCUGGUGGCUCGGGUACCUCAUUGCAGGACUCAUCACGCUCUUCUCAGCCGUGCCGUUCUGGUUCCUGCCCAAGUCUUUACCCCUGCCGGAGAGACGGCUUGCCAAGUAUUCUCCUGAGGGGACCAGUUUCAUUAAAGACAAGCCUCUACUGGAGCACAAAUAUCAGGCAGAUGAGCCCACAAACCUCCUGGAAAUGGCCAAAGACUUCCUGCCAACGCUGAGAUCCCUGUUGGGAAACCCGGUUUAUUUUUUAUAUCUGUGUGUCACUAUCAUUCAAUUCAACUCUUUGAUCGGCAUGGUGACGUACAAACCAAAAUACAUCGAGCAGCACUACGGACAGUCUGCGUUUAAAGCCAACUUUCUCAUGGGAGUGAUUAACAUCCCAGCUGUAGCUUUGGGAAUGUUUUCAGGAGGGUUGAUCAUGAAGAAGUUCAAGCUGAGCAUCAUGGGAGCGGCCAGGUUUGCUCUGGGAACGUCUCUCCUGGGAUAUUUUCUAUCUCUUUUCUUUUUCACCAUGGGAUGUGAGAAUGCCGACGUGGCCGGAAUCACUGUCUCAUACAAUGGGACGGGCCGUCUUUACAAAGAGGACGCAUCUCUGUUUUCCAGCUGCAACGCUGUCUGUCAGUGUCCUGAAACACACUGGGACCCCGUGUGCGGUGAGAACGGCCUCACGUACGUCUCGCCCUGCUUGGCUGGAUGCCAGACAACCCACGGCUCUGGCAUUAAAACCGUGUUCCAGCAGUGCAGUUGUGUAGCGGGUGGAAAUCAAACAGCCAGCGCUGGUCAGUGUAACAACAGAGACAGCUGUCAGCGAGUUUUCCCAUACUUUCUGGCUCUGUCCGUCAUCACUUCCUUUAUCAUCUCAUUGGGCGGAACACCGGGAUACAUGGUGCUCAUCAGAUGCAUCAAGCCCCAGCUGAAGUCUUUAGCUUUGGGAUUUCACACAUUGGCAACAAGAACUCUGGCUGGAAUUCCAGCUCCUAUAUACUUCGGAGCCAUUAUAGACACCACCUGUCUGAAAUGGGGUCACAAGAAAUGUGGUGGCAGAGGAGCCUGUCGAAUCUACAACACCACGGCCUACAGGAUAGCAUAUCUGGGCCUGACGCUGGGGUUACGGACGGCAUCUUUCUUCCUCUGUGUGUUGGGUCUGGUGGUAUUAAAACGGCACAUUCAGAAACAAGAACGCAGCACGCUGGCUAACGGAGGCACAGGUGCCGCAGCCUCCGAACUGCAGGCUCUUCGAAAGGGCGAAAACAACGGCGCAAACUCAGAGCCGCAAACCUCAGACUACGACCCAGAACGUGAAACACGUCUGUGACACACACCAUAUGCACACACGGAGCAACAGGGUCGCCAUCCAGCAUCUGUUUGAUCGGUUACCUUCAUCUUUCUAAUGGAGCCAUGUAAAUGAUGUGAAAUCUGUCGUUUUGAUAUAGUCUAAACAUUUCUUGAAUGUACACACAGUCUUUCAAAAGAGAAAAAAGAAUGUCUUAACCUACCUGUUUCAGAACAAAAGACGUAUCUUCACUACAGACGCUCACCAGCGCUGGAUUACAGAGACUGUAGUGCACAGGCCCUGAGGAUCACUCAUAUCUAAACCUAACUUUCUCUAAUGCCAUACACAGAUCGAUGCCUGAAGCUGUUGACCAAGACACUGUGUUUCUGUAAGCUAUGCCUUGCCGACAGGUUGACUACAUUGGGAAAAUCCAGGAGGCUCAUUUGCAUCUUAUUUUUUUUCUUAUGUCUGAAGCAUUGUUAGGAAAUGUGCCGACCAGCCGCUCACCAUCGUGCUUUUCCAUAUCACGGUUGUUCCUCCCACUUUAAGGAAAGUGUGAGUGACGGUUGACCAGGCUCACGAUCAGGUGUGUGUCAUCAUGCGUGUAUAGGUAAUCUUCUUCAUGAUGGAUGUUGUGUUAUGUGUGUAUAUCACUGUGAGACGUGUCAUGUGUGUGUGUGCGUGCAUUAGAACGGGUGCAUUCCUGUGCCAAAAAAAGUGCAAGAAAAGUCGACACGGUCUAUUCUCAGGUCGUUCAUUCAAUUGUUCCUCAACUUUGCAAAUGAUUAUUCUUUUAUACAUUUGUAUAAAUUGUUGUCUUCGAAAACGUUCCUUUUUCUUUGACACUACAGGUCGGUGUUGUGCAGAGAAAUGCACCCCUGCCAGAUUAUGCAUCCCCCUUUCCCACAAUGGUUAGGUUUAGGUUUGGGGAGGGGUUAGAAUUAGCCAAUUGGACAGCGUGUUUUUGAAGGGGGUGCAUUUUUCGGCACAACAUCGGCCGUUGGAACACUUGUUCGUUAACCAAGGAAAGAGUUUUUUUGUGACUGAGAAAAAGUGGCAUUUAUUACUUGCUUUUAAGUUAGUCAGUACAUUUAUUUUCUGCUGAU